AUGCAGAUCUCCAUCGUCACUCUUCUUGCUUUGCAGGCCAUCGGCAUCAUCGCCGCCCCUGUUGCUGCUCCUGCGGCCGACUAUGCCGACGUUGCCAUUUCCAACAUUAAAAUCAAGUCUGCUGGAACUUACAAGCGCGACGAGAAGAAGAGAGAUGUAGAGUAUGCCGACGCGGCAAAGGCCAACAUUAUAAUCAAGUCUGCCGGAACCUACAAGCGUGGCGAAGAGUACGCUGAACUUGCAAAGGAUUCCAUCAAGAUCAAGUCCGUCACCACAUACUAA